AUGUUUACUUCUACCCACACCCCACAAAACAUUAUCCUGACAGUGCAGACAGCGUCGGAAACCCAAACGAAGAAGAAUUUUCCCGUGUUGAAGACUCAUCUAGAAAAGAUCCAGUCUCAUGCCCAGCAACAUGGCUUAACAACCGCAACCCUAAAGCGACUUCUUGAAGUGCUGACAUCCCCCAAUGCCCUCGACCAUACGACUCAAAAGGCAUUAUUCAAAAUCUUGUAUCCUGCUGGCCAGGUUCCUUCUCAUUUAAUAUGUAUGGCUGUGAACGCUUUGGGCUAUGGCAGUCGAAAAGCUUCGGUGUCCAAUCAGCAACUGCUGCUGAAAUGGAUGAUUGUGAUUCACGAUGUUCUAGAAGACAAAUCGAUAUUGUCUAGCCUCUACAGCGUUCUCUUCAAUCUCCUGGACAUGAAUAGUCUACGCGCGGAUCUAUGCCCUCUCCUUGCUCAAAUUACCAGGAGGAAACAUGUCAGACCAUUUCGAGUCCAGAUGCUGCAAGAUCUCAGCCAGAAGGUUGGUCGAGAGCCUGCUCUUUCGAAGAUCAUGCAGAUCUAUGAUACCUAUGCUCCAGGUAUGUUAGAUGUCAAGAAAGCAACCGGUCGAGUUCUAGAGUUCUCACAUCCCGAUUUCGAAUGGGCCAAUCAGCUCCAAAGGAUCCGGGAGAAAGCAGAUCACCUGUCUGCGGAUCCCCCUCAUCAACGAGAGGCAACCCCAUCAUUUCGCCGAGGACCCAAGAGACCACGAUUAUCAGCCUCAGUAGAGGGAUCCUACAGUCUCGACCGAAUCGACAAUGCAGAAGAUCUGGUCAACAACGUGGAGAAAGUCAGGAUCACAGGGCUAGCAACCUCAGACCUAGACGACCCAGUACUGCAAAUCUACGUGACGCUUGGCUCUGAGGAUAGUCACACAGAGGACGUCAAUGAAUGCCUCUCCAAAGCCUUCAUGCAGCAACACGAGAGCUUAACGAGUGGUCGAGAUGCGAAGAAGCCGCUAGUGGAGGUCCUGGACGAGGCUUUAGCAUACACACAAUACACCAAAGUAGGUAUCAAAAUUCCCGGGAGCUUAAAGUGA